GCCCUUAACUACUACCGUGAAGUUUGAUUUCAAUGCAUAAUGGAUGAUUUGCAAACAUCUGAGGAGACAACCUUUGUCUCAGAUGAAGUAAAAAACAUAGUUAAAGAGAGUAUUGAAAGCAUCAUUGGUUCUAGUUCCUAUUCACACAGUAAGGUACAACAGUGGACUUCAUCCGUGAUUGAACAAUGCCUCAGUCAGUUGACUAAACUUGGAAAGCCUUUUAAGUACAUCGUCACCUGUGUAAUCAUGCAGAAAAGUGGAGCUGGACUACAUACUGCAAGUUCUUGCUAUUGGGAUAGUUCUACUGACGAAAAUGUUCAUCAUUGUGCCUUGUGGUGGACAAAUCUCUCUUGGGUCAGCUCACUGUAAUUGUAUUUGAUCUUAGGGUUGGAAAACAAUAGCUGGAUGUCGAAAUGCGGGUCACAAGAGCAACGUUAUUUAGACCAGUGAAUCUUGUCUUGUUGCAAUGGUUCUUUAACACUUAAUUCUACCUAUAUUUUUAAAAGUCAGUCCUUCAGUAAAUUUACGGACUACUCAUUACCAUUGGUGGCUACUCUCUACUUCAUGUUAUCCGGAGCCUUCGUUUUACAGAAUUGAUGUCAACUUUUAACUAAAUCGCUGUACACUAUAUUAUGAGAGGUUCUUUUAAAACAUUUUAUGAUAUUCCUAAUGACAUCAAGGUAAACCGUGACUGAAAAUAAUGUAUGGGAUAAUCACUCUCAAAUCCUUCCAAGUUCAGACACAAUCACGAAGAAACUCAUUGUCAUAAAACGGGUAGAUACUUUCCGAAAACAAGAACCCCUUGCCAAAACUCCAUCUUAACUAACCACAAUUCAGUUUAUAUCUACCAGCUAAUGUUGCAGCCAUUAAAUAGGUUUUUGUCGGUGUUAGUCAAAGAAAGCACUUAGUAGAGUAACAAUGCAAAAGGCUAUUGUUGUUACUAGUCUGUUGGCAGAUAAUUCUUAAGAUAAUUAAAAGGGCUUGGGACUGGCCACCUUUCCUGUAUCGACUGUAUUUGUAAUCUUCAUCUGGGAGCCUCAUAGAAAGCUUAUUUGUAACAUUAAGCUAACAUUAUCGUUAAUGCUACAAGUUCUUACAAAAUUAUUCAGCCAGGGAGUUCUAGUGUAUUUCUUAUGUUGUAAGAGAUAGAAAGACAUUAUUGGACUGUAUAUUCACGGACAAAAUUCUUCAAUUUAGUUCCGUCUAGAAGUUUAAACAAAGCUUAGAGAUUAAAUUUGCAAAUUAAGUCAAAGUAUGACGUGGAUUUUUCAGCGCAAAGAUCCACCGGUUUUAUGACAAUCUGCUACGUAUCCAACAUUAACAUUCAUGCUAAUCAUCACUAUUUCGUAUUUUUUCAGGGAGUUGUACAGUAAAAUGGGAAAACAAGUCUAUGUAUUUCAUUGUUACAGUGUUUGGCUUAGCGAUAUAAUCCUUCUCGACCAACGAAAUAGUUUUAAAACAAUUAAUCAGAUUGUAUGAAGACCGUCUGCGUUCUAAACAACUUGUGAGCAUUCGUUUUUUGGGUUUGAACGUGGUAUCUGGACUUUAUCUUUGUUGAUGCAGUUUACUUUACUUCCGUAUCUUCACCGCUCAGCUGAGUUAUUACGUUGAAUAAACA